AUGGGACCAAAUCAAUUCACACCUGGCUCUUUCCUCUUUUCUCCGCAUAUCCAAGCCAUUUGCGCGUCGGGAAGGGAUCCCGAAGAUAAGGGUCUAUCAGUACAAAUCCCAUAUACUGCCUUCACAAGUUCCCCAGAAUCACUAUCCGAUAACGACCUCAUGACUUUCGACUCUGAAUUAUCCGAAGACAAACUUCAACUCUUUUUGAGUGGAACACCAUUUGCAAGUCAGUCUAUCCAAUGGAUGGAUAACGAUUUAUUCGUCGACGGAAGUGAUGUAAUGCUCCCAAGCCCCACUGAAGAAGGCGACCUUUCGCCGGAACGUUUAGACUCCCCAGUAAACAGUCCUCCUUAUGGCGAUGGUGAGCUUGGAAGUGGGGGUUUCGCGAAUGGCCAAGAUGAUGUGAUGUUAAAUGGAUUGGAUGAUGGGUAUUUGCCUGCCACCUAUGGAUAUUACGGAUAUAUUACCGACGCAAAUACCAUCAGCACAGGCCUAUUGAAAGAAGGAUACGUUAAACCAGAACAGACAGAAUGUGGACGUGCAUCGAGCCCUUCAUCUCCUCCCCCGUCACCAAACAUGCACCAAAUAGUCCAACCAUCAGAUGUGACUCCACCACCAACGAAACGCUCCAACUCAAAGAAACACUCUAGCACUAAACCACCACGUCAACUCGAAUGCUUCAACUGCGGCGUAACGAAAACCCCUCUCUGGCGACGCACUCCUGAUCGCAUGCAUUCUCUCUGCAACGCGUGUGGUCUCUACUACAAACAAUACAAUACACAUCGCCCGCUACAUAUUCGUAACAAGCCAAGCGCAACCAGCGGACCGUACAAUCUCACCACGUCGAGAAAAUCCUCUUCUUCCUCUUCGUCAUCCACCUCUAGUAACAGCAGCAAUAACAACGUGAACAAUGACGUCGUAUCUCCCACUUCGUCAGCCAGCACCACACCUUACUUACAACCACCCCAAGUACCCCGACAAGCGCAACAGCUUCAAUCAUCGUUGACGAACCCUAUACCCGAGUCCCCUCGAUGUGUAAACUGCGAUCAAACCCAAACACCGCUCUGGCGCAAGAACGAAAAAGGUCAACCUAUCUGCAACGCCUGUGGUCUUUACGCUAAAUUACACAACCGCGAUCGUCCAGUGGCAAUGAGAAAGGCAAAAAUCCAACGUCGCCGGCGCGAUUGGGGUGCAAAUAAUCCGUCUGGGAAUGGAAGUGAUAGUGGAUGUGCAGAUAUUGAUGACUGCUCGCCGAUUACACCAACCAGCCCACAAUUUCCGUUGCCUAUUCAAGCGUCCAUAAUUCCCGGGCAACGUCCUAUUAUGCCGUUAUUGCAAACAGGUGCCAAUGGCGUCUUUUCCGAUCAAGGUCUGGGAUUCGCGGACCAGAUUGAGGAUGAUACCAAGUUUCAGAAUUUUGUUACAAAGCUUUCUCGAGACGAAUUGGAAAAAUGGUUCUCCAUGUUCAAGCGUAGGUGUGAUUUAUUGAAGAGCGUGCUUGAAGAUCAGAUCUAA